GUUAUCUGUUUCUAACAUGCGUAUGACAGCAGUAGAAUUCACGCAUGCACAUGAAAGCAGGAAGACAAAAAUGCGUCGUGAUAAAUGUGAAGGAGUAUUAUGAGGAACUUACACGCACUUUUUUUGUUGCCACUUUUGGGUGGAUCAAUAGCUUCUCACCCAGUGCUUGAUGGUCCUGACAUGGCAUACCUUGGCUCCCAAGUGGUUUUCCGUUGUAACGUGCCCGACUCCUCUUCGCCAGUCAUAUAUGAACUGAGAAGGGAUGGUCGCCUGAUCGACCCAAGAACACAUCUCCAAGAGAACCAAUCUGCAUCCUUCUUACUGAAGGUGACUGUGAGAUCAGGAGGGUUGUACCAUUGUGAAGCAAAGACCGAGGGAAGCACGGGAUUGAGCAACGUCAUCAGACUGAGUGUUGUUACUCCAGCAUCACACACCAGGUUGAACUCUGACCCCUCACCUGCGGUCCUAUAUGAGGGGUCCAGAAUGGUUUUGACCUGCGAUGCUGCGAAGGGGUCCCACCUCUCCUACAGGUGGUUUUUCAACAGAACGCAUGUUACCUCUACUAGCUCUCCUGGACUUCACAUCACUGGGAAUAAGCUUGUGAUGGAAAAGGCGACUGCGGAGCAUGCUGGGUACUAUUCAUGUAUGGCAUGGUCCAGGGUGCAGGACGUCCAAAGGUUUUCCAGCAGCUCAGAAGUCAAGGUGGCAGUCAAAGUCCAUCUUUUGAAACCGGAGAUCUCUCUUUCCGUCUUCAAAGAGGGAACACAUUACCGUGGUAACGUAACCUGCUGGACAUCCAGAGGAACUCCUCCAGUCAACUUCUCUCUUUCGGUGGACAAUAAAAAGUUGGCCUCCGUUGUAGCUUCGGACUCUCUCAGUGCCUGGUUCAACAUAUCAGUGGUCCCUGGGCUAGAUAUGGGCGCGGCUCAAUGUUGGGUGAGAAAUGAGGUGCAGGAGUUGACGAGUGAGCCUCUGACGCUGGACGUGGUGCCAGUUGGAGGUGACGUUAAUGUCGAAGUUGACUAUCUCUACACAUCGAACUCCAAACUGGCUGCGACCAGACUGACUUGUUAUGUCAGUCGAGGAUCUUUUCCUUUAGUCUCUUGGCUUUUUAAUAAUGCUACACUUCCUUCUGAAACACAAAUGAACUCCAAGAUGCAGCAGGUCCGGCCUCAGUAUGCCCUGAUGGACUGGAGACGUAUUCUUAUUCUAGCCAAGCUGGACCCCAAAGACGCAGGCUAUUACAAAUGCAGGGUCAGGGACAGAUAUGAUGACUCCGCCACCUGGCUGGAGAGUAACGCUGUCCUCAUCCAAGUCAAAGACUGGAUGCUUGACAACAGACCCCAAGAAACAGCAUCUCCUGAAACAUCAGCAAUAACAACGGAGAUCAUCGCCAUCGUGUUCUGCUCCUUUCUCCUCCUGACGUUGGCAGUCAGCAGCUACUGCGUGUACAUGAUGAUUGACAAUAAAAAAGGUCUUCGCUCCAGUUCAGCCCCAAAUGCCACUUCUGAUGUACUGCCUUUGUCUGUACCUAUCUUCCACUUGGAGGGCAAAUAGGCUGAUAAAUGCUCAACAGGCCGCAGUGUAAACACUCAGUAUGUGGAGAUUCCUGUAUGAGAAUGCAGCUUUCAUCAGACUCUUCAUUUUCUGCUGACAUUUCUGAUGUUAUUGACAUAUUUUCUGUUCAUCUAUCUUGCUUAUGUUGAUAUUAAAAUAAUCCUUUAUAGACACAUUUAAAAGAGUAUCAUUACUGUACACUGGUAAUCUCUGACAAAUAAAUUGUGACUUCAAAAA